GUCACAAAAAGUUUGCAGUAUCCCACACAAUACCUCAACUCCAAAUGGAAAAAAAAAGGUCCUGCACCCACCACAAUCUGAAAUGGAAGUCAACAUAUGGGAAAUAAAGCCUCCUGAUUUCAGUUACAAACUGUAUACAUCUUUGAGAUUUCCAGAAAAAACAUCAAGGACUAUUAAGGAAAAACAAGGGAGGGGGAAAAAAGGUAAUUUCCCAGAAACAAUGCUUCACCUGCCCAAAAUAAGGAAUCAUCCCAAGAAGGCCAUAUCUCCUGAGUUUAUAACUACAUUCCCACAUCUGGAUUCAAAUGAAGUCAAGUUAAUGUUUGUGAAGAGUGGAAAAUAUCCAAAUGGCGUAUACCUCAAUCCAAAACCAUAUGACUUUCGACAGUAUCAAUGUAAUUUACCAAACUUUGUGACAACUUAUGAAAGGGACCCUUUUGGAUUAAAAUUUAAGUCCAGACACUUAAGUACAGUACAUGAGUGUCAGUCGCUGGAAGAUGAUAAACAGAAGAACAAUACGGAAAGAUUUAUCACCUACAAGCCUCAUGAAUGCACCUGGGACCCAAAGCUAAUUUUACCAAAAGACCCAUGGCCCAUUAAAUCAGCUUCCUACACGAGACAUAGAAGGCAACGAGAUGUAUACAGUGUAUUUAUGGAUCGUGUAGAAGAAAAGUUUAUCCAAACAUGCAAGAACAGGUAG